AUGUCUGUGUAUAGACGAUUGGGGAUUGGUGAAGUCCGACCUACCACAGUGACUCUACAACUUGCAGAUAGAUCUCUUGCUUAUCCAGAUGGGAAGAUUGAGGAUGUCUUGAUAAAAGUUGAUAAGUUCAUUUUCCCAGUUGAUUUCAUUGUGUUGGAUUAUGAGGCAGACAGGGAGGUACCAAUCAUUCUAAGGAGGCCUUUUCUAGCUACUGGUAGAACUUUGAUUGCUGUGCAAAAGGGUGAACUUACUAUGAGGGUUAAAAAUGAGCAGGUGACUUUCAAUGUUUUCAAGGCUAUGAGAUUUCCAAAUGAGGUCGAAGAGUGUUAUGUGGUUUCAUUGGUAGAUUCUUUGGCUUCAAAGGAAUUAGAAAACAAUUUUGAUGAUCCUCUAGAGAGACUCUUGAUGUUUGAUUCACAUGAAGAAGAUGAGGAUGAAUACUUGGCUUGGCUAGAAGCUAGCUCACAAGGAUUGCAUACAAGAAAGCAUUUUGAAUCUCUGGAGCUCUCUUCAAGGUCUUUCGCAGCCCCUAAACCAUCAGUGGAAGAGCCUCCGGAGUUGGAAUUAAAAGCUUUACCCUCACACUUAAGAUAUGCCUAUUUGGGUAAGUCUUCCACCUUACCUCUGAUUGUUUCAGCUGAGUUAAGUAUGGAGCAAGAAGAAAAGUUGCUGGAUGUAUUGAGGAAGUUCAAGAAGGUCAUUGGAUGGACCAUUGCAGACAUAAAAGGAAUUAAUCUUUCUCUAUGCAUGCAUAAGAUUAUGUUAGAAAACAAUGAAAAAGGGUCUAUUGAAGGGCAAAGAAGGCUAAAUUCUAUCAUGAAAGAAGUGGUGAAAAAGGAGAUUAUCAAGUGGCUCGAUGCAAGGUGGCGAAUUUUCAUGGACUAUAGAAAACUGAACAAGGCUACUCGAAAAGAUCACUUCCCUCUUCCCUUCAUUGAUCAGAUGUUAGACAGACUUGCAGGGAGAGAGUACUAUUGUUUUCUAGAGGGAUACUCUGGUUACAAUCAGAUAGCAAUCGCUCCAGAGGAUCAGCACAAGAAAACUUUCACUUGUCCCUAUGGUACUUUCGCAUUUCGAAGGAUGCCUUUUGGUCUAUGUAACGCACCUGCCACAUUUCAGAGAUGUAUGAUGGCUAUUUUCACUGACAUGGUGGAGCAGUUCCUAGAGGUAUUCAUGGAUGACUUCUCUAUUUUCGGUGAUUCAUAUGACGAUUGCUUGAGCAACUUGGCCAAGGUUUUGCAAAGAUGUGAAGAAACAAACCUUGUUCUUAAUUGGGAGAAAUGCCAUUUUAUGGUUAAAGAAGGUAUUGUUUUGGGCCACAAGAUAUCAAGGCAAGGAAUUGAAGUUGAUUGA